CUACAAAAGGCCUUUAAAACAAAGCCAAGCUGUAAUUAAGAAAAAAAAAGUAAACAAAACUUAGUAAAACGGAAUUACAUAAAUUAUCCAUCCCAAACUUGGUUGCAUUGCACUGCAUUGGGCGAAACUUUAACUCAAUACACACAGUCAAGUGCAAAUUCUAUGUAAAGUGUGUGAGUGUGUGUGUGUGUGCGCGCAUGUUUUUAUAUGGCCUUCCUUUCUUCCUCAUUUGCUUUUCCUCCAUCUCCAACAUAAGUGCAUUGGAAGAUGCUUUAAACAGAAACACAACAAAAUAACUUGCACAAGUUAGCCACUCUAAUCCAUCACGCUAACCGAUACCUACUCCCAAUGCGCUUUUGUCGCCUGUCUGUAAUGCGCGUUUAGUGUACGUACAGUGAAAAAAGUGUUAACCAAUUUUUUUUAAAAAAAGACAACCUCAAACGUCAGUGUAAAUCACGAAUUACAAAACGAAAAUAUUACAACAACAACAAUAAGUAAAUUCAAUUAAUGUUGUUAUUAUUGCACAAUAAUCGCUUGUGUAAAUUAAAUUUAACAUUAAUACGUUUUAAUUAAAAUAAACGCCCUUAUUUCACAUUCCUAUGCUAAAAGUCAGUUGCAGCAGCUGCAGUCAUUUUAAAAUGCGGUCACAAUUCAUAUUUGCCAUCAUCGUGGUGUUGGUGGGAUCAACCGUUGCCAGUAAUCUGGCAGGAUAUGAGGGCUACAACAAAUACACGAUAUUCCAUGACAGAGAGGAAGCCUUCAACUACAUGGUUGAGCUCCAAACACAAGAUGUUGAUUUAGAUUUUUGGCUAUUGUCACGUAAUAUGUCCAUUGUUUCGGUCAGUCCCAUAAUGCAACCUAUCUUCGAAGAACGCCUACAUGAACUGGGUGUAACAUAUCAAGCUAAGCCUUUGAUGGAAGAGAUGAGAUUGUUCAAUGAAACCAUAAGCAGCAGCAAUGAAAGUGACUGUGAGGGUUCCCACUGUGAACGUAGCAGAACAAGAAGACAGGCACGUGGUUUCUUUGCACAUUUUCCACGAUACACUGAGAUUUUAGGUUUCAUGAGUGCUUUGUCCCACCGUUAUCCUCAAUACUGUCGCUAUGAGUCCUUGGGUCGCUCUUCUGAAGGACGCCACUUGGCAGUGUUGUCCAUAUCUUUGAACAGCCGCGUUCGUCAACGUCGUGUUGCGUAUAUACAAGCUGGCACCCAUGGUCGCGAAUGGAUUACCCCAUUGUCGGUGUUGUACUUUGCCAAUGAGAUUUUGACUAAUAUCAGAGCUUUCCAAAGAGUGCUCAGUGAUGUUGAAUUGUAUUUGUUGCCCUUGGUGAAUCCCGAUGGCUAUGAAUAUUCCUUUACCAAUGAUCGUUUCUGGCGUAAGAACAGACAUCGUUAUCCCGGCCGUUCAUGUGUUGGUGUUGAUAUCAAUCGCAAUUUCCCCAAUAACUGGAAUGCUCGUGGUGCCAGUCAAAAUCUAUGCUCGGAAGUCUUCUCGGGUACUUCACCCGCCUCAGAACCCGAAACAGCAGCUAUUUCCCGCUACUUGGAAUACAAUCGUAAUCGUGUCAAGCUUAGCUUGGAUGUGCAUUCAUUUGGCAAAUUUAUUUUCUAUCCUUUCGGAUAUGCCAGAAACGCCUUUGCUCCCACCAGAGGUUUCCUGCACCAGGUGGCGUUACGUGCUGCAAGUCAAAUAGCCAAAUAUCGUGGCACUACUUACAAUGUGGGCACUUCUGCCAACAUUUUGUACGAAGCUUCGGGUGGCCUGGAUGAUUAUGCCUAUGGAAAUUUGGGUAUACCCAUGUCCUUUACCCUGGAGUUGCCCGGUGAUAAUUUCCAGGUGGCCAACUCUGACAUCAUACACAUUUGUAAGGAAACUUUUGCCGGUUUUGUGGAAUUCGUGCGACACGUGAGCUUGUAUUAAAGCCAUGGAUGAUCAUUUAACUGCCCAAACCUUUUCCUUCCCUGCCAUCCCUUUCCUCCCUGCUGGCAUUGUCCUGCUUCAUGUUUUUAUUGAAGUAUGCCAUGAGCAAAUGCCACUCUAGUUUAUUAGUAUUGAUUUUAUUUAUAUCCCCCCAAAUGCUAGGAUGCUGCUGUAGCAGCAUCGAGGCAUUCGA